AUGGUAGCCUUUUGCCAGGUGUCAUCAAAGGCAGGAUCCAAACAGGCAGACGGGCGGCCCCUGGCUGGGUCUGGUGAGCGGGUCCCUGUGGCAGCCUUGGAGCCUCGGUUCGGAGCCGGAGGGCGAGCUGGUCAGCCGGACCCGACCAGCGGACCGACGCGGCGAGGAGGAGGUCAAGGCGGGCGAAAGCAAAGACGCCGAGAGACGAGCUUUGCUCCCUACGGUGGCUCCGUGAAUCCCGCCCCGCAGCCGGCUGCAGCGACGGCUCCUGCGGCCUGCGGCUGGGCGGGCAGCCACGCGGAGACCAGGGCCGGGGUCCGUGGAGGGCGGGGCCGGGGCGGGGCGGCGCCGUCGCCCGAGCAACAGCGCCCACCGCACAAAGGAGGAGGGGCCGCGGGCGGGCGGGUGGAAGGCCCAGCGGCGGAGCAGUGGGCGGGGGUGUGGCAGUCGGCGGGGUUCCAGCUCGCUCAGCCACCGCAGCUGCCCCUUCCCCGCCCCUCCUCACUGCCGCCCGGGCCGCCACCUUCGCCCCCUGCCGGAUGAGGUGCAGAGAGGAUGAACACCUUGCCAAGUAAUGACUGGACUAUUCUGAUCCAGAUUAAUGCCCGCUGCGUGGCCGAACAUGCUGGAGUUGAGGCUGCUUCCUCCCCACAGGUUCUGAAGCGUCCUAAUCAGAAGGGAACUGAGGAAGAUAACAAAAUGCGUGUGUAAUUUAGUUACCUAUAUGAUGUCCUACACCAUGUUCCCAUUUAGAUUUUAAAAGGCUCGACCAUUAAAAAGCAUUAUAAGUC